CCGGGCAGCCCUCCCCUCUCCUCCCCAGGCUGCCUGCACAUGGUGUAAGUAGUGAGAGUUGAACAGUAGCUGCAGCCUGUCCUCUCCUCUCCUGUCCUGUCCUGUCCUGCUCCCUUGUACCUAGCUCCUGCUGAACCUGCGGCCCAUCCUCCUCUCCCCUCCCUUCCCUUCACCUGGGCACCAUGCCCCGGCCUCAGCGGCAGCCCAGGGUCCCCGGGGUGCCACCUCUCUGCAGCCUGGCGCUGCUCCUCUUCUGGCAGCUGGUGAGGACCCAGGCAGCAGUUGACCAUGUGGAUGUAUUAAAGGGUCUCCAGUUCCAUACACAGCCUGAAGGGAUAAAGAAGACUUCUGGCUUUUGCCCUAAUCGUCGCUCUAGCACUGGUUCAGAUGUGGCUUACAGGAUAUCCAAGCAAGCUCAGAUCAGCGCCCCCACCAGGCAGCUUUUCCGAGAUAAAUUUCCGGAGGACUUCUCUAUCAUGGCAUUGGUGCGUGCUAAGAAUGGAUUACAAGCAUUCCUACUGUCAAUAUAUAGUGACCAGGGAGUCCAGCAGCUUGGAGUGGAAUUGGGACGUUCCCCUGUCUUCCUUUAUGAAGAUCAACAUCAGAAGCCCGCCCCUGAAGAUUACCCUAUUUUCAGCGGGGUGAACUUGGCAGAUGGAAAAUGGCAUCGCAUUGCUCUGAGUGUAGAGAAGACAUCAGUCACCUUAAUACUGGACUGUAAGAAGAGAAUAACAAAGAAGCUUCCACGUGGAAAGAAAUCCAUCGUUAACACUAACGGGAUCACUGUAUUCGGAACACGUAUUCUGGACGAGGAAUCAUUUGAGGGAGAUAUACAACAACUGCUCAUAGUAUCUAACGCUCAAGCCGCCUACGAUUACUGCGAACACUACAGCCCAGACUGUGAUACUGCUUCAUCCAACACACCGCAAGCCCAGGACCCAAACUCGAGACAAGAUUAUGCAGAGGAAGAGGUGGAGUAUUACGAGUAUCCAUAUUAUUAUGACAAUAAAGAGGAAGGGACACCUGCCCCACCUACUGCCAAAGCCCCCGAGGGAGGUGCAGCUGAGCAGAAAAACAAGGCCAAAAGCCACAAGCAGCCGGCAAAACCGAAGCCAAAGGUGCCUCCUCCUGCCAAGAGUAACAGCAAGGUGAAAAACGGGGCAGCGGGCAAGUCCCCUGCCAAACGCAACACCCCUGUGAAAAAUUCUGUAGGCAAAGUUCCGCCCAAGAAAAACUUCGCUGGCGCCAAGAGGAAGAACGUGGGAAAUGGUUACCAGCAGGAUCCAGCUCUUACCUCUCAGCCUAUCAUGACCCCUGAGCCCACCAUCGUAGAACAAAGUUAUGAUUACACUGCACCUCAUCAUGAAGAGGAGGAGGUGUAUGGGGCCUGGGAGGAAGAGGUCCCACAGGAGGUCCUACCCACUCCACAGGAAAAAGAACAAGCUCCUUCAGUGGCGGUCAAGGGUAGUGAUUCCUUCACAGAGGAGUAUGUGGUCGGGGAGGAGGACACUCCAGCAGCUGAGCUGGAUUAUGAAUAUGUUUACAAGGAUUACCAUGAGGGCUCGGAGAGCGCACAGCUGGGCCCAGUCCUGUCAGCAGAAACCCCAGAGAGUGGAGGUGCAAUCAGCGGACCCCGGGGGGUAAAAGGAGAUAAAGGCGAGUCGGCUGUCCUGGAGCCGGGUAUGUUGGUUGAAGGUCCACCAGGACCAGAAGGACCUGCAGGUCUGUCUGGUCCCCCUGGAACACAAGGACCACCUGGACCUGCUGGUGACCCUGGAGAGAGGGGGCCUCCUGGCCGCGCGGGUCUCGGCGGAGCCAAUGGAUUGCCAGGACCACCAGGAAGCUCUGUCAUGCUCCCAUUCCGAUUUGGUAGCAGCGGUGGAGAUAAAGGACCUGCGGUUGCUGCACAGGAGGCCCAGGCACAGGCCAUUUUACAGCAGGCCAGGCUUGCACUUCGUGGAGCUUCUGGACCCAUGGGAUACACUGGCCGAUCUGGACCAGUGGGUCCACCUGGAAACCCUGGUGUAAAGGGGGAGUCAGGAGAUAUCGGUCAACAGGGUAUAAGAGGACCACAGGGAUUGGCGGGCCCUCCAGGAAAAGCAGGGAGAAGAGGCCGCUCGGGUGCUGAUGGAGCUCGUGGUCUUCCUGGUGAAUUUGGGAUGAAGGGAGAUCGAGGUUUUGAUGGUCUACCUGGACUUCCUGGCGAGAAAGGACACAGGGGUGACACCGGUGUUCAGGGACCCCUAGGUGGACCUGGAGAAGAUGGUGAGAGGGGAGGAGAUGGAGAUGUUGGACCCCGUGGACUUCCCGGAGAGCCAGGCAUUAGAGGACUUCUUGGACCCAAAGGCCCCCCUGGAAUUCCUGGCCCCCCUGGAGUAAGAGGUGGUGAUGGACCUGUAGGACCAAAAGGAAACUUGGGUCCACAAGGUGAGCCUGGACCUCCUGGACAACAAGGUACUCCUGGCACGCAAGGACUUUCAGGGCCACAGGGUGCACAAGGGCCUCCAGGAGAGAAAGGGCCUCAUGGCAAGCCUGGACUUCCUGGUAUUCCUGGGUCUGAUGGACCUCCUGGUCAUCCAGGUAAAGAGGGUCCAGGAGGGACCAAAGGAAACCAAGGUCCCCUUGGUCCACAGGGUAACCUUGGCUAUCCUGGUCCACGUGGUGCAAAGGGAAUUGAUGGAAUUCGUGGUUUGAAAGGACACAAAGGAGAAAAGGGUGAAGACGGAUUUCCAGGAUUCAAAGGAGACGUGGGGGUGAAGGGUGACAAGGGUGAAGGUGGAGUGCCAGGUUCACGAGGAGAAGAUGGUUCAGAAGGUCCAAAAGGAAGAUCUGGGCCCAAUGGUGACCCUGGACCUCUUGGAUUGACUGGUGAGAAGGGCAAGUUGGGGGUACCAGGACUCCCAGGGUACCCAGGACGUCAGGGGACAAAGGGAUCACUUGGAUUUCCAGGUUUUGCUGGGGCCAAUGGAGAGAAGGGAGCUCGGGGUCUCUCAGGAAAAUCUGGUCCAAGAGGAGAGAGGGGUCCCUCGGGACCUAGAGGUCAGAGAGGACCGAGAGGGGCCACGGGGAAGUCUGGGCCAAAGGGUACAUCUGGAGGUGACGGACCUUCUGGACCAUCAGGAGAGAGAGGUCUUCCAGGACCACAAGGACCUAAUGGCUUCCCAGGCCCUAAAGGACCCCCUGGCCCUCCAGGGAAAGAUGGCAUUCCAGGGCAUCCCGGACAGAGAGGGGAAGUGGGUUUCCAAGGAAAGGUGGGAACUACAGGACCCCCCGGAGUUGUCGGAGCUCAGGGAUCCCAAGGUGAGUCUGGACCAAUGGGAGAGAGAGGACAUCCUGGGCCCCCAGGUCCACCCGGAGAACAAGGUUUAGCUGGACCAUCUGGAAAGGAGGGUACUAAGGGUGACCCAGGUACUGUUGGUGUUGGUGGAAAAGAUGGACCAGCUGGUUUAAGAGGAUUCCCCGGUGAGAGAGGCCUACCUGGUACUCCAGGUGGUCCAGGUCUCAAGGGUAACGAAGGCCCAGCAGGACCCCCUGGCCCAGCGGGAUCACCAGGAGAGAGGGGAGGUCCCGGGCAAGGAGGACCUAUUGGACCUCCAGGAAGACCAGGACCUCAAGGGCCAGCAGGGGCUGCUGGGGAAAAAGGAGUACCAGGCGAGAAAGGACCACUUGGUCCGGCAGGUAGAGAUGGCGUGCAAGGGCCUGUAGGAUUACCAGGACCUGCUGGACCUCCUGGCAUAUCUGGAGAAGAUGGGGACAAGGGUGAAGUUGGUGAACACGGUCAGAAAGGAGGGAAGGGUAACAAAGGAGAACAUGGUCCACCUGGCCCAUCUGGCCCAGUCGGAGGUGUGGGACAGCCAGGAGCGGCAGGUGCUGAUGGAGAGCCUGGACCACGUGGUCAACAAGGAAUAUUUGGUGCUAAAGGAGAUGAAGGGACAAGAGGUUUUCCAGGUGCUCCUGGACCCAUUGGACUUCAGGGAUUGCCAGGCCCAUAUGGAGAGAAAGGAGAGACAGGAGAUGUUGGUCCAAUGGGCCCACCUGGACCUCCAGGCCCACGUGGUCCUGCUGGACCUUCCGGAGCAGAUGGUCCACAAGGUCCUCCUGGUGGAAUAGGAAACUUGGGACCUCCAGGAGAGAAGGGCGAGCCUGGUGAGACUGGAGUUCCUGGUAUUACCGGUGAACCUGGACCAAAGGGACCACGGGGAGAUCGCGGUGAGAAGGGAGAGUCUGGACAGGCAGGAGACUCUGGACCAGCAGGAGGAAAGGGUCCCGUUGGUGAUGAUGGACCUAAAGGAAAUCCUGGUCCUGUAGGAUUCCCAGGAGAUCCCGGACCCCCAGGAGAGAUGGGACCCAGGGGACAAGAUGGUGCUAAGGGAGAAAGAGGAGAAGAUGGGGAGCAAGGAGAAGCAGGGUCUCCGGGUCCUACUGGAGAGAACGGUCCUCCUGGUCCUCUAGGAAAGCGGGGUCCUGCUGGUCCAGCUGGUCCUGAAGGUCGUCAAGGGGAGAAGGGAGCCAAGGGUGAGAAUGGUGCUGUUGGCGCUCCUGGUAAGACAGGAUCGAUAGGACCUCAGGGAACUGCUGGAAAACAAGGAUCAGAGGGACUUCGUGGAAUUCCAGGAGCCGUGGGAGAGCAAGGUCGUCCUGGAUCAACGGGGCAGCCUGGACCCCCUGGACCUGUGGGACCCCCUGGAUUGCCUGGGUUGAAGGGAGAUACAGGAGCCAAAGGAGAGAAGGGUCAUCCUGGACUUAUCGGUUUGAUUGGACCCGCAGGAGAGCAAGGAGAAAAGGGAGACCGAGGCCUGCCAGGACCACAUGGGACAGCGGGACAGAAAGGAGAGACCGGUAUUUCUGGUGUCACAGGUCCCAUUGGGCCAGGCGGAUCUGCUGGUGUACCCGGUCCACCAGGUGUAAAGGGAGCCAAAGGAGCUUCAGGACAAGCUGGACCCAAGGGUCAGAAAGGUUUUCAAGGACCUCCUGGACCUCCGGGACCACCAGGUGAGGUGAUCCAGCCUCUGCCCUUCCAGAUGCCAAAGAAGAACAAACGUUCAAUUGACGCCAGUCAGUUCAUGUCAGACGAACCAGCGGGUGAUUACACAGAUGGCAUGGAAGAGAUCUAUGGCUCUCUUAAUGCCAUCAAGAAAGAUAUUGAACUAAUGAAAACACCGUUGGGCACAAAGGAGCAUCCGGCUAGGACAUGUCAAGACCUGCGUCUAGCUCAUCCAGAUGUUACUGAUGGUGAAUACUGGAUUGAUCCCAAUCAAGGUUGCACACGAGACUCCUUUAAGGUCUUCUGUAACUUUACAUCAGGAGGAGAAACCUGUAUCUACCCCAACAAAGACAUAGAGAAGGUAAAGAUGUCAACCUGGAGCUCAGAAAAGAAAGAGACCUGGUACAGCAAAUUCAGGAGUGGCAGAAAGUUCUCAUAUGUCGAUUCGGAGGGUAUCCCCAUUGGUGUGGUGCAGUUGACCUUCUUACGACUUCUGAGUGUCUCUGCCCAUCAGAACUUUACAUAUCAUUGUCACCGCUCUGCUGCCUGGCACCUUACCUCCACCAAUAGUUACCAAAAGGCUCUGCACUUUAUGGGUUCAAAUGAAGAGGAUCUCUCCUUCCACAAUAGCCCCUACAUUAAGGCUCUGAGAGACGGUUGUGCGACGAGGAAAGGUACAGACAAGACUGUGUUGGAAGUCCACACUCCACGCGUGGAGCAGCUACCUUUGAUGGAUGCCAUGUUCAUGGACUUUGGAGAAACCAACCAGAAAUUUGGCUUCGAAGUGGGACCUGUAUGUUUUCUGGGUUGAGGCCAAUCAAAAAUAACAAACACCUCCCGUACAAUUCUUCCCCCUUCUGAAAUAAAAAGGAGAAGCCCCAUUCCCUUUAUUCCUAUACACCAGUAUUCAAGAAACUCAACUGAUGAGGACCAGAAAAUAUCAAUCCCAUCACGAUGGAACAAGAGGCCCAAAGUCAACAUGUGACUAUAACCUUCAAUUUGGGUGGCUCCUCAGAUGACCAAAGAAAGAUUUUAUGAUAGACUCUUAGCUAGAAUUAUUUGAGGCUUUUUUUAAACCCAUCAUUCUCACCCAGGAAAGAGAAAAAAUGGGGUCCACUUCCCAUAGCCUUUUAAAUUUACACACAAUGAGGACACUGUAAGCCACUUUUUUCACGUCCAUAGAGAGCUUUAUCUAUCGUUAAACCUUUUCCUUGAGCUCUUCUGUGUCAGAUAUGUAAAAAGAAAACAAACAAGCGCCUAAAAAAAGGACUCUAUUUUUUUUUCUUCUUCUGUGGAUAAAUGAAAGUUUUAAAUAGUAUUUAAAAAAUAAUAAUAAAAUUUGUAAUGAAUUCCCCUUCUCCCUUGCACGCAGAACUCGGGAUAGAAAAUGUUAAUAUGUCCUGUUGAGCUGAUGGGAAAAAAAGUCUGUGAACAAAAUUUCACUAUGGUGCUUACAGAUAAAGCUUACUAUUUGACCAAGGAGAUAAAAAAACCCUCACAGGUGCUCAGAGAAUUACUGUGUAAUGUUUGUAAGUAUUUUUUGUAUUGUAAUAUAUAAUCUAUAAUUUUGCUGCUUUUUUAUUUUUGUUCCUGUUUUUGCGCAUGUCCAUACACCUCUACAUGUCUUGGCUCUCAACCCCAUGUCUGACCCUCUGUCGCUCCCCUUCUUCUAAUCUGUUACCAUCAGUUCCCAGCCUCCAGCCUGCUCAAAGUCUACUGUUUCCUCCUCUUUUAUUUAAAUAAAUGAUGUGCAAAAGGUGAAUCCCACAGAGGAAUAAAAUGGCUACAGGAUGGGUGCUUUCUUUUUAUGUUUUAGCAGACACAAUUUUUCAAGUUCAAUUAAAGAAAGCAGAAGGGAAGAUUUGGGGAAUUAGAAUAACUAAGCUUCUUUGUUCAUUAAAUUGCUUUAUAGGUUUGAAUCUAUUUCUUAACCUUCAAAGGAAUUUGCUUUUGACAUUGUACAAAUAUUCUGCAUAAAGAAAAAAAAAAGAGAUCUGUAUAUGGUAAAAUGGUUUGUGAUAAAUUGUCCCCAAACUUUUUCUA